GAAAGAAAAGGAGAGAAAGGAAGAGAGAGAGAGAGAGAGAGAGAGAGAGAGAGAGAGAGAGACAGAGAGAGAGAGACAGAGAGAGAGAGAGAGAGAGAGAGAGAGAGCAGGCCCGGUGCAGAGCACUGCCACCGCCUCUUUGCCUCCCCAACUCCUAGCCAAGGCGCGCGGUGGCGUCCUCGCGCCCUCGCCGGCGCCCCCGCCCGUCGCCCGCGCAGGCCAGGCAUGAACGCUGAGACUUGCGUCUCUUACUGCGAGUCCCCGGCCGCUGCCAUGGACGCCUACUACAGCCCGGUGUCGCAGAGCCGGGAAGGUUCGUCGCCUUUUAGGGGAUUCCCAGGAGGCGACAAGUUCGGUACAACUUUUCUGUCGGCCGGGGCCAAAGGACAGGGAUUCGGGGACGCCAAGAGCCGGGCCCGCUACGGCGCGGGGCAGCAGGACCUGGCGGCACCGCUGGAGAGCAGCUCCGGGGCGCGGGGAUCCUUUAACAAGUUCCAGCCGCAGCCGCCCACCCCACAGCCGCCGCCCGCUCCACCCGCGCCGCCUGCGCAUCUCUACUUGCAGAGGGGCGCCUGCAAAACGCCCCCGGACGGUAGCCUCAAGCUCCAGGAGGGCAGCGGCGGCCACAACGCGGCCUUGCAGGUCCCCUGCUACGCCAAAGAGAGCAACCUGGGUGAGCCAGAGUUGCCUCCUGACUCUGAACCCGUGGGCAUGGACAACAGCUACCUCAGUGUGAAGGAGACAGGGGCCAAGGGGCCCCAGGACCGGGCCAGCGCUGAAAUACCAAGCCCCCUGGAAAAGACCGAUUCUGAGAGUAACAAAGGCAAGAAGCGGCGGAACCGAACCACCUUCACUAGCUACCAGCUGGAAGAGCUGGAGAAAGUCUUCCAGAAGACACACUACCCUGAUGUGUAUGCACGGGAGCAGCUGGCUAUGAGGACCGACCUCACCGAGGCCCGUGUGCAGGUUUGGUUCCAGAACCGGAGGGCCAAGUGGCGAAAGAGGGAGCGCUUUGGGCAGAUGCAGCAGGUCCGGACCCACUUCUCCACGGCCUAUGAGUUGCCCCUCCUCACCCGGGCUGAGAACUACGCCCAGAUUCAGAACCCAUCCUGGAUUGGCAACAAUGGGGCUGCCUCGCCAGUGCCAGCCUGUGUGGUCCCCUGUGACCCGGUACCAGCCUGUAUGUCCCCUCACGCUCACCCUCCUGGCUCCGGGGCCAGCAGCGUCUCCGACUUCUUGAGUGUCUCUGGAGCUGGCAGUCACGUGGGCCAGACACACAUGGGCAGCCUGUUUGGAGCAGCUGGCAUCAGUCCGGGCCUCAAUGGCUACGAGAUGAACGGCGAGCCAGACCGCAAGACCUCAAGCAUCGCUGCCUUGCGCAUGAAGGCCAAGGAGCACAGUGCAGCCAUCUCUUGGGCCACAUGACAGAACCCCUCCUGCAACUCCUGAUGUCAUCCCCCUCCCUGGGGCCCUGGCCAUGUCCCUGCUUUCCAGGCCCCCAGCUUCCCACUUGACUCUCCUCUUAGGAACCCGGCCUGGCCCAGGGGCCUGGCCCUCAGCACUUUCAGCCACCCCAAGUCUGAGGCCCCAGGGACUGCUGGGAGGGAGGAGGUGAUGGUAGGCUCUUGUCCCUCCCUGGCUCUGAGGUCAUGACCCCUGCUCCCUGCCAAAGGCAGUGGAGAGAGGCAGGCGGCUCUGUGCGUACCUUUGCAUCAUGUAAGCUGAGGCCCUGUCUUUCUUCGUGUUCUUCCACCCCUUCCGUUUGACUUGAGUCAAAGUCAGGCCCCCUUCCAGAUCUACCAGCUUCAACAGUUCAGCCUUGCCUAACCUUCCUUUCUCCUGUGGGGUAUCCUGGUCGCUGGGCCUGUGGCUGUGUGUCUUAGAACCAAGCUUCCGUGCAGGGUCAGCUCCCGAUCCUCUUUGCUCCUUGAAAACAUAGAACCCCACUUUCCGUAUCGAAGGCAUCUGGUCAUCCACUCAUCCCAUGAGCCCUGUGACUGUAGCUUCACUGUCCCCUGUGAUGGAUGUGCCUGGAAGAUGUGGGAGAUGAGAGGAGGGGUCAGAGCUGAAAGGACUCUGCUGCUGUCCACCCAUAAGCCCCAUGGGGACGUGGGCCAGCCUUUGCUCCUGCAGGUGGUAUUGGUUGACACUGUGAAGGUGAUGUGCCAGGUGUGAAGGGAGGCAAGAACAUAGGUUUUUUUUUUUUCUCCCAUUAUUACCACCACACAUGGACACUGGGAGCCAGAGAAGCUCUCAGAAUGAUGGCCAUGGGGAUGAUCCAGCGGGCUGAACCUGGUGUCUUCUGUGGCGGAGAGGUCCUUUGGUCUGCACUGGCGCCUCCUCAGGGCACCUCUGGGAGGAGUUGAGAUAUUUAUCCUCUCCCUCCUGGUCACUCACUGGGGCUGGCUGGGCUGGAAGAAUUCACACCUUGGAAGACAUAAGCUAGAGCACAGGGCUGCCUGUGGCUGAAGGAAUCAGGGGCGGAGGACACGUGACCAGCUCAGCAGCCUCCUGGUGGCCUUUCUAUGCUCAGACUAACCAUGUCCACCCACCACCCCACCACAGCAUCUCAUCUGUUGAAGCUUUCCGUGCAGGGUAGGUGGAGACUGGUGCCCCUCUAGGCUAAAAGGAGAACCGCUUUUCAGUUAUCCUACACACUCUCUUAGAGAUCCUAUCCUUACUUCUCCCCCAGGGGCCAUGAUCUCUGCCUCAGCUGGCCUCAGGAAAGGCUCCCAUCAGACCCCACCAGGUCCACUCUCCAUGGCGGGAAGUCCUCCUGAAGCCAGUCCACUAUCUGAAGGAAGGGGCUCCCUGUCUACCUGACUUGACCUGGAGCUAGGAACUAGGACUUGAAGUGGCCCCGGCCCUCACCUGAGCACAGAACCACCCUUGAGGUAGGUCCCUCAAGCAGGUGGCCUUUUCCCCAGGAGACACUCUUGCCUUUUCUACCUUCUGCCUUGACUAUUGUCCAUCAGGUGGGCUUGGCUCACUAGGCCCAAGGUUCAGCUCUCCGAAUGGCCUCUCAAGUUGGGCUGAGGACGAGGACCCCUGCCUUGGAUCUGACCUAGGUCUCAGUGGGUAAGAGGGAAGCAUGACUUCCUGCUGUGUGCCCUCAUCUGCUCUGGAAUGCAGACAGACUGAACCCUCCAUAGAAUGCAGACUCUGGGAUGGGUCUGCCACUCCUAGCAAGAGUCAGACCUCUUCAGAAACUUUAGUUCUCGAAAAGAUCUUAGGGACACAAAGAAGGUCUUGGGUACUGAAUUCAGGGGUCCUGGUGGCUUGGCUUUAAUGCUUCAGAUCUUUGGGGAAUCUGGGUCUGUCUUACAAGUUCUCCAGAACUAACUCACUUCCUCAGAAUCUAUCAAGAGAAGGAAGGACUUAAGGCCAGAAGCAACACCUUGGGGUCCUUCUUUCACGGCUGUUAUGGCCAGGGAAGGGCAUGUCGGAAAAGAAUUCCAUACCUAGACAAUCAGUACAGAGAGUGAGAGCCAGGGCAGCUGGGGAAGAAAAGAGGACAGAGGGCUUUUAGUAGAUUCUUCCGGAAGGGAGAGACGUUUAACUGCUCUGAGUUUUAUUUUUGGCCAAGCUAGAUGCAAGUCAGGAAAAUUCCAACCCAGAAGCUUCAGAAUGGCAAGAAUAUAUAGAAAUACCCCUUUGUUUCCAGCAUAGCCAAGAGUUGGCAUGCUUUCCACCGUCCCUCCAGAUGAAGCCGUUUCUACCGAGGCUGUUCUGGAGGUGCCUUGGCCUCAGUUGAUUCCUGGGGCAGCUGGAGAUGUCCUGAGCUCCCACUGCCCCCUCCCCCCACCAUGUCUCAGACCUCCUCAGCUUCCCAGUUUGCGGUUCUGUCGUCUCCAGUGGGUCUGUCUUAGCUCCUCGGAUGCUAAGCAAGUAAUAAAACCUAUCAUGGCAACCUGGCUUCCUAAAGAGACAGAGAGGCAGAUGAGGAGAGAGGACUUCCUGCCAGCGGUCACUGCUCGAUGAGGAAACUGACUGAGCUGAGGCCGGCCUUGCCUGACAGCACAGCAAGUGGCCACGCUUAGUCCUGCCAGCCCGGCUGUGCCACAGAGAGUGGUUAUGCCCAGUCCAGCCCAUCUAUCCAGGAGCCCCUUCACAGCACAGGGCCAAGGUCCUGGGGCAGACAGGCACUCUUCCAAGUUUUUCUUUGAGUUGUUUCUUCCCCAUUUUCAGUUCUCACAACCACAUCUCCACCUUUGAGGAACAGGAUGAGUGGGGAUUUAGGCAAAGAGGCACAGCUCUGGGUUCCCCGGCACACGCUGCCAGGCUCAUGUUGGACACAGUUCCAAUGCCCCAUGUCCCCCAGCAGACAGAAAGGAUCCCAUAGAAACCACCUCUCCUUUACUCAGUCAAUUGCCCUCUGGGCCAUCCUUGAGCAGAACAUCGCUAGGGACUCAGAGAAACCCGAGGUUAAAGGUCAAUAGGAAUGACCCUGACUGUCAGCUACAGAGACGAACAGACCCAGCAGAGGGAGAGAGGCAGGCAAUCUGCCACCCUCCCCCAGGAUGCUAAUUCAUAACCUUACCAUUUCAAACCGGGGCAGGCUUCCAUUUCUUUCCCCCAACCCCACUUUGCUGCAAGGAUGCCAUCUCUCCCCCUCCCCCUCCUUCCUUCCCCCUUCACUUACACAUAGAGCUAGGCCUGUAUACUACUGAUUUUGGAGGACUGUUUUCAGUGUCUAAUAACCUGUUUGGGUGUGCAGUGGUCAGAAAGAGAGAGAGAGAGAGAGAGAAGCUGAUCGAGAGAUGGAACGUGAACCUCAAAUACUGGCUGUUCUUGUAAGAUAGUUUAACCCUGUAUAAAUGCAACUUUUCUCUUAGCUUAAUGGCCUGGGGUGGAACAUUCAAAUAUAUAAAUAUAUAUAUUAAAAUACAUUAAAAUUUCAGAAAAAAUGUAAAAAAAAAUAAUUGAGGUCUGUUCCAUAAAGUUUUACUGCCUAUACCACCAUGUAACUACAUUAUAGCAAAAUAUUAAAAAAAGAAACAUUCUUUUCUUUUAAAGUAAGUUAUUGCACUUACAUCUUUUGGAGAGAGGAGGAAUGUGAGAAGAAGGGAGCUGAGGAGCUGAGGGGCUGAGGUGGGCAGAAGGCAAGGCAGAGGCAGCUGACACUCCCAGCACCCCUUUGUCGGGUGCAGCCAAGACUGUCUGUUUGGUUGUUGUUGUUUGCAAUAAACUCCUUCCUCCUCUC